CCUCACAGCCUCACACAACUUCUCACACAUACUCACUAAAACAAUUCUUUCCCCCCCUUCUUCCUCCUCCUCUUCCUCCUCCUUCCCUCCUUCUGUAGCAAUAUCAAGGCAGCUUUGACUGGGCCUACACGGACCCGAACACGGGCGCCCCUAUCUAUGGCUCCUCACGCUGCAAGAACAUGCUCCUCAUCGGCCCCGGGAUCGUGCCCCCACCCGGAACGCCCUCUGACGUUGCUGACCCCCCCUUGGCCGAAGACCCCACCCCCUCAGACAUCAUCAUCUCUGACAAGACAAAACAUGUUGUCAUCGGCGUCGGCUCUGCAGUCGGCGUCCUCGUCCUCGCAGGAAUCGUCGGAUUCUAUUUCAUCCGCUACAAGAACAGGCGUGCGGAACAGGAGUUGGUCAACUCCAAGCUGAGAGAGCCCCUCCAGAGUGAGGGCAGUCUCAACGGCUAUGGUUAUGACCAUCCAUCUACCGGAGGAGGAGGAGGAAAGGGAGGAAAUGGAGACUCGAACGGUCAAUAUAGUGAUCUCACGAGCGUCAACACCACCACAGCAGGAUAUGUCCCCGUCAGGACCUCGACCUCGACCACCACCGCCACCCCAGGCGUAGGCGAAAUGGUCGAAUUGAACGGCCUCCCCGCCGUCAAGGGAGCUGCGCUUGCAUCUCGUAACAGCUAUGCCUCUGCAUCGGGUUCUUCGCUUCAACCUCCUUCUGGACCAGCACGGGGUUCCUUCGUGAGUGGCCGGCCGCCAUCGGUCCUGACCAGUCCCUUCAUCCCACCCGAGGACGACGAUCAGGACCAGUUACAAAGACAGAACCAAAAGCGCUUAGAGGAAGAACAGCUACAGUACGAACAACAGCUUCAGCACCAACACCAACAACAACAGCUUCAUAUGCAGCAGCAACAACAGCAGCAGCAGCAAAUGAACUAUGGAAACUAUCCAUACCAGUGAAAAAACUCGGUCUCCUGUAAUCGGUCCACCAACCAACUCAAGUCGAAAUCAACAACCAUUCUAUCCAUUUCAUCCGAGUUUACUUCUUCCUCUAUCGAUCGUCCCUCAUCUAUCGGGUCGUGCAAAAAAAAAAAAAAAAUACAUAUACAUACAUACUUACAUACAUACAUACCAAUCAUUCAAAAAACACUUCUCUCAAAGCUCCCAAAGUCAUGUUUGCGUGUUCAACCUGAAGAAUUGGGGUUUGCAAUAAAAAUAUGAAGCCGUUUUUACUUCCCAUUUAUCUUUUCGUAAUUUGCAUUUUUUUUUCUUUCUUUCUUUCUA